AUGAAUCUUCGAGUGUGGCCGAUGAUGUCAGAAGAAGAUGGGCAAGUGUUCAGGAACAUUUGGUUGAUCGUAGAAGGGAAACAACUACUCUGGCCAAUAGCUAAAAUACAAAAUUUGCGUGGAAACCAUGUCAACCUGAUAAACAAAUUGCUGGAAGAAGGAUUCAUUUUUGAAGCGGACAUUGAAAUUUCUUUUGAGAUAAAAGAUCUUGAAAUUGAUAAGAUGAUAGAACAAAGCUGGACUAACCCACAGUUGUUAUGCAGUCGAAAGGGUGCAUUGGAUCAAGUAUGUGUCUUAAUGUGUACCAACCCAUCCGAUUCUUCCCUGGAUCAAGACGUUGACAAGACCACUUACGGAGCUUUUGUGGACGUGGACAUUGAACGACAACAAUUGUCAUUGAGGACCUUGAUUGAUCAUUCCGUCAUGGAGAGCUUUGAUGGAGGUAGCAAAGCUUGCAUCACAUCUAGAGUUUAUCUCACAAGGGCCAUUGUGGAGAGAGCCCACCUAUAUGUCUUCAACUAUGGAACGCAGUCCAUAAACAUUGCGGGACUGAGUGCUCGGAGCAUCAGUCCGCGAAAAUCAAUUGAAUAUUCAAUCACGGCCCACGGGACGACACUUGACUUAUUCAUGCAAUAA